GCGCAUCAUUCUCCAUUACGACUUUCCGUCUUUUCGUUGAAGCAACAAAAUUUCGACAUGGCUCUUCGAGUAACCAGAAACCGCUUGGCUUCUACCAGGAGUGACCUCGGGGGAAAGGCCUGCACGGUCACCGGGCCCACAAAGCCUCGAGCGGCACUGGGCGAGAUCGGAAACAUCGCAGUCAACAAAGAAGUCCAGAAAAAGAGCAUCAAGACAGAGGCCAUUAAAAAGACCAGAGCUGCCACCACCCAGGCUGAAAAAGCAGCAGUAGUACAACCAAAACCAGAAAAUGUUGCUCCAGUUAAACCAGAGCCCAAGGUGCAGGAGGUUCUCCCUGAACCGGCAUCCCCCACUCCGAUGGAGACAUCUGGCUGUGCCCCUGCUGACCUGUGUCAAGCAUUUUCUGAUGUCAUGCUUCACACCGCCAUCAGGGAUGUGGAUGCAGAUGACUAUGACAACCCCAUGCUCUGCAGCGAAUAUGUGAAAGACAUCUACAAGUAUCUGCGACAGCUUGAGGUUGAGCAGAACGUCAGAAAAUCUUAUCUGCAGGGUCAGGAGGUGACUGGUAACAUGCGAGCCAUUCUCAUCGACUGGCUAGUGCAAGUGAGCCUUAAAUUUCGUCUGCUGCAGGAGACAAUGUACAUGACUGUGGGAAUCAUUGACCGCUUUCUCCAGGACAACCCGGUCCCCAAGAAGCAGCUGCAGCUGGUCGGCGUGACCGCCAUGUUCCUUGCUUCCAAAUACGAGGAGAUGUACCCCCCGGAGAUCUCUGACUUUGCAUACGUGACGGACCGGGCCUACACCACCGCCCAGAUCAGAGACAUGGAGAUGACGAUCCUCCGGGUGCUCAAGUUCAAACUCGGCCGCCCUCUUCCCCUGCAGUUCCUCAGACGAGCCUCAAAAAUCUACGAGGUCACUGCUGAGCAACACACUCUGGCGAAAUACCUGCUGGAGCUCACCAUGGUCGACUACGAGAUGGUUCACUUCCCGCCUUCAAUGGUGGCGAGUGCUGCUUUGGCUCUUACCCUCAAGAUCUUGGAUGCUGGCGAAUGGGAUGCGACGCUGCAGCACUACAUGGACUACACAGCAGAGAGUUUGAUUCCUGUGAUGGCGCACAUUGCCAAAAACGUUGUGAAGGUGAACGAGGGGCUGACAAAGCACAUGGCCAUCAAAGGCAAAUACUCGACUUCAAAGCAGAUGAGGAUUGCUACAAUCUCACAGCUCAAGUCUUCACUGGUUAAGGAUUUUGCAAAGCAGCUCAACCAGUGAGAUGACGGAUGUUUUUUGGCACCGUGUGCUGAUUUGUACAGUGUAACUUAAAGUUUUAUUGGGACUGAAGGAGCUACACGUCAAGGACAGUGUCAGUGGUUUGCAUGUUUGACCAUCUGAAUUGUGUAUAACUUUUUUGGUUUUUUUACUGACCCUUUUUCAAAGCGUGCCACAAGUUUUGUCAUCCUGAACACAUGCAUGUUGAAUGCUUACUUUCUCAUUAGGGUCACUGAAGCAAAACCGGGCAGUCUGCUCACUCUUAAAACAACGCAAUUUAAUAGUCUUACAACUUGCCAACAUUUGUGGACUACAAUCUAAAAUCUUUACUCUGCACAAUAUUGAAUAAUGCUACACGACAUACUUUAACCAAGUCACAAAUUCAGCAGUCGGAGUUAUUUUUAUAGCUUGACGCGGCUGCAAAUCUUAAAAUUUGUGGCAUGCUUCGAAAUGGUCACAAAUAUAUAAAGGGUCUGUAUGAAUGCAGUUUUUUUUUUUUUUUUUUUUUUUUUUUUAAUUGAAUGUGUGAAUGUGUAAAAUGUACAGCAAUACUUUUAAAACUGAUUUUACAUGAAUGUCUUGUUCUUAAAGCGUCUAUUAAAUGGUUCAGACCAGGAA